AGGCACGUGAGCUGUGCAACGUCAUCGUAAACAUCGACUGGCGACAUGGCGGUUGCUGCGACUGGAAAGGUGAUAUAUGAACAAGACUCCAUUUUUAUACAUUCACAUGAAGACCGAAGUGGUGAUCAAGAGUCCCUGGUUUCAGGUGUGCUACGACUUAUUGAAAAGGAUUGUGAAGUGAUAGUUGAAUAUAAACAACUAGAAGAUUCUGUUGAUUCAUCAAGCAUGCUUUGUGCUGGAAAGGAUUCUAGUUCAGUUGUGCAGUGGACACAAAGUCCCAAGGAAAUGUCUCAUAAGAAUCUUGACAAUCAACUCAGCUAUGAGGCUGAGUGGGACAUGCUAAAUACAGUCUCCUUCAAAAAGAAACCUUCAAAUGUUGACGGUGCAUCAAAUCAUGCCCAUGAAAGAAGCAAAUGGGCCUUUUUCUUUAAUGUGUGUGACCUUAAAGCAGUGCAAGUAAAGAAGGAGGGCUGGUCACAUUUAACCAUCUACCUCAAAGAUGACACUUCGUUACCUGAUCUCCAUUUUCAUCAAGGAGGGAGCGAAGCAUUUGUAGACUGCCUUAAGAAAUAUGUGUCACUAAAUGAGUCUCCUGAGAAGGACGUUUUGGUUGCCAACAACAACAGCAAAGGUCUCUCACAAUCCUUUGAGAAUCUACUUGAUGACACCACAUUUGGCCUUAUACAGAAAUUUAAGAAAGAUCCUUAUACAACAACAAUGGGUAGUUUCUCUAAAGUUACAAAGUACCUAAUUGAUGCAUUUCAAGGAUCUGAUCAAGUACAUCAAGAACGACCACCAACAGAAAUGGCAGACUUACUGAAUGAAGCAAUACCUGGACUUGAAAUUAACCACCAGGAAGAGCCAGGAUUUGAGGUUAUUACUCGAGUUGACUUAGGUUCAAGGCCAGACGUCCAGAGGAAAGAGCCUGUGACUCUUGAGGACUGGAAUGCAAAUAUGGACAAUGAGGGAAAAAUGCAAAACGUUAAUUACAUAAAGCACAGUAUUUUCAAAGGGGGACUUUGUCAUGUCGCAAGAAAGGAAGCCUGGAAGUUUUUAUUGGGUUAUUAUCCUUGGGAUAGCACUAAAGAAUACAGAAAGGAUCUGCAAAAGAGAAAAACUGAUGAGUAUUUCAGAAUGAAGUUGCAGUGGAAAUCUAUAAGUGAAGAACAAGAAAAAAGAAAUUCAAGAUUGAGAGACUACAAAAACUUAAUAGAGAAAGAUGUCAACAGAACUGAUCGGACCAACACAUUUUAUGAAGGUACAGAUAAUCCAGGACUGCUUUUACUUCAUGAUAUUCUGAUGACAUACUGCAUGUAUGAUUUUGAUCUUGGAUAUGUGCAAGGAAUGAGUGAUUUACUUUCACCUAUUCUCUAUGUAAUGGAAAAUGAAGUGGAUGCCUUCUGGUGCUUUGUUUCAUUUAUGGAUCAAGUGCAUCAUAACUUUGAAGAGCAAAUGCAGGGUAUGAAGUCCCAGCUUGUUCAGCUCAGCACUUUACUACGUUUGUUAGACCUCAAUUUCUGGAAUUAUCUAGAAUCACAGGACUCAGGAUACCUGUAUUUUUGUUUCCGAUGGUUACUAAUACUCUUCAAGAGAGAAUUCAGUUUUCCUAAUACAAUGCGCUUGUGGGAGGUUAUGUGGACUGGGCUACCUUGCAAAAACUUUCAUUUACUAGUAUGUUGUGCCAUACUGGAUUCAGAAAAGCAGAAAAUAAUGGAUGAACAUUAUGGAUUUAAUGAAAUUCUCAAGCACAUCAAUGAACUUUCAAUGAAGCUAGAAGUUGAAGAGGUACUUUGUAAAGCUGAAUCUAUCUAUUUACAGAUCAAGAACUGCAAGGAUUUACCCUAUUCAGUUUCAGAAAUUCUAGAUGAUAGAAAUGAGAAAUUAAUUCCUACAAUACAAAUAGUUAAAAACGGAACUCUUGAGAAAGGUUUGAUCAGGACAACUGCACAAAUGGACGAUUUGUCCAAGAACUCUGUGGCCAGUGGAUACGACGAAGUUUCAAGACAUCGAGAGACUUCACAAAAUGUUUACAAAGUGGCAAAUGUAUAAUACUAAUAAAUUAUUCUCUUUGUAUGAGAAAAUACUCUCCCAGCAACUUGAAAGAUGUGUUUCUUAACAUGUGGUUUCAAAGUCAAGCAUUUUAGAGGAAUUCUUGUAUUUUGAGACUAGAGAAAACAUAACUGAAGAAUGAAUUAUUUUUGUAAUUACUUGUACCAUGUUGUCCUUUAAUUCUAAAUGAUCAUUCCAUUUGAGUUAUGUGACGCUAACAUUCAUCUUUGGAUUUGGCUUUUGUUUAGUUAAAGUCAAAUACUGUUUUUUUUAUUUUUUUAGUUAACAUUUUGAAAAUUCUGUAUUGCUGAAAUAAAAAAAAAUUAGUUCUGGCAGAGAGGAUGAGCUUUGUUGAUAUGAGCAGAGCAAAACCCAAUUAAAAGUUAAACCAAAAAUGGUUUCAUUUCCAAAUUAAAGCAAUCCAGAGGCAAUUCUUUAAUGUGUGAUUUUUGCAAAUUGCCAAUUUCUGAAGGAUCAAGAGCUUCAUGUUAUUUGGAUACAUGUUUGUCAGGUGUCUUUACAGUUUUUCUCUUUUGAAAAUGGCAGUUAUAUCUGUAGUGUAAUAUUUUAAUUGAAAUAUAGUUAUAUCCAACCGUUACUCUCCUAAUAAGAGGGUAUGUUUUUAAACAACCUAAUACAUGCAGCAUAUAUGUUUAUAUGUGCAGUAUUUCUUCUAUUGUAAAAUUAUAUAAUCCUAUGGAAAAACAAAAGUACGCCGUAUUGACACAGACCUGUCAAGCAUGUAAUUCACAUGCCUUUAGCUCAUAUUUUGCCUCUUAUCAGUAAGUAUGUUAAUGCCUUUAUUGACAAAGUUCCAAAGAGUUAUCUAACUAGUGAUGUUAUUAAUAUGAAGCAAAGUAUUUUUUCAAAAACAAUAGAGACCUUUGCUGAUGAAAGAAUAUUCUUAAAAAUGGAACAUUUGCAUCCUCUUGACAUACUACUGUAUUUUGUCCAAAUUGCUGUACGUGGUGUGCAGUGUGCCUAGUCCUUGCUUGGAUUUUUUAAGAUGAAGGCAUAAAUUAGCCAAAAUUAUCAGGAUUUUAAAGGGAACUCGCAUUCAGUAAUAAGAAAAGAUUUUGAAAACUUUAAGUAUUAAAAUAGGCAUGUGUUGAAUGCAGUAUACAGUAUUUUAUAUUUUUUCUCUCCUUAAAAUGCUUUCCAUUUAUAAGGUGUCUAUCUGUAACUUAUAUCUGUAUGAUCUUUCAUAUCCUGUACAUGCGGAAAUUGCCGCCAGAUUUUUACAGCAGGUUUUUGCCUACAGUCUCUACUUAUCUUUAUUUCUUCAUGAACUAAUCUGUUUUUAUUAAAGGUGAGUUUGGCUUUGGUUUACUUAAA